AUGCUCAACGGACUGCUCCAGAGCAUUGACAACGCGUACAGAACCAUCACACAACAUCGAGCGUUUCGCUUCGCAGGGACUCUCAUCCGGGUUGGAAAUACGAUUAGUGCCAUGAAAAUAGAGGCAGAAUCGUUUGCCCAGUCUCUGUUGACAGACGCCAGAGAAAAGGAGUUCCCAGCUGGGGUCGAUUCUCUUUCGUCGGCUCAUCGCCAGCCUGCUAAGAAGAAAAAGAAUGUGCUGGGAGGCGCAAUCGGCUCACCUAUCAGGAAAAUCGCAUCUAUUAUCGACAAAACGGUUUGGUCACGUUCAUUCUUCCUCACCGUCGCCAUUCUCGUGAUCGCAUGCCUUCUUGAGCUUUACGUGACAGACACGGGCAAUUCCCAUCCCAAACAAACCGACUCUCCAGUAGCGGCGAUAGCUAAAAUUCAAGAUCAGUUUGAAGGGGUUUUGAGACACUCUGGGAGUGGCUUGAUGAUGAAAUGGGAUAUAACAAAGGCCGAGCUCGCGGUGGAAGAUCUCAAGUCUGUCGUCGAAGAGUCGGACCUCAAGUGUCGUGACAGGCUCACGCCUGUUCUGAGCGAAUAUGUGCUCACCUCGGCCAAAGUAGCAAAGCAACUUCCUCGCCUGGAUACAGCCCUUGUUGGGGCCGUUACUCAUAUGCUGGCGACGAACAAGUACGCCGUUCAGUCUCUCGGGGAGAUCAAGCAAUCAUCUGGGUUGAGCUCUGCACUCUCAUUCCUCUGGGGAGCACGAAUGACCGAGGAGAGAUUUGUCGAGAUCUUUUCGACUAUAUGCCUAGACAUGAUAGAAGACCUGACUGAUCUGUUGAGAAUAGGAAUGAGACUCUCGGAUGACCUUGAUAGACAACAAUCGCUUCUCCGAACGACACGGCAGAUUAUAGGCUCAGACGAAAGAGCGAACCACAUCCUCAACGAAGAGACACUGAGGCAAUGGUGGACCAAAAUAGGAGGUAACAAGGAUAAGUUACAUUCCUUCAAGACCAACAAAGAGCUCCUGGACCGCGCACACGAAUAUAGCGACGUUGCACUCAAACACGUUGUAUGGACGCUUGGCCAGCUGGAGGAGAUCGAGGCAACUGUGAAAGACUUGAUGGCCAAGAUUAAGCGGUGGCCGCUCAAGAAGGGUGUUCCUGUCCAGCUUCAUAUCGACAUUCUCAUGGGCAGCAUGUUAAAAUUGGCGCAGGUCAGGGACCAAGCCCAGCAUAACAAGGACGUGGUGGCAGACAAUGUUGCCAAUGGCCACAAAUAUCAAGGUCUCCCAGGCCCAACGACGUAG